AUGGCAUCUUCGUCAAGAGAUUUAACUUCAAAUAAUCCUCAAUAUAAUCGAGUGAAUCAAAUUGAAGAUCAAGAUGAUGAUUUAAAUUCAGCUUUCAAUCCAAGAAAUCCAUUUGCUGAUGAUAUAAAUGAUCCAGAUUCUUCUGGUUCUGUUUCUUCUUCAUCUCAACAACAACAACAAGAACAACAAGAACAGCAACAUCCACAAGAUCCUUCAUCUUCUUCAUCUCCAUCUCCUUCAACUCAACAACAUUUCCAAGAAUCUGAAUAUGGUAAACCAUUCCAAGCUUAUAGUGGAUAUUAUUCAAAUGGAGGAAGUUCACAAUAUUUAAAUCAAGAUUUAUCAAAUUCUGAAAAUGAUUCAAAAUUAUUAUCAAGUGCUCAUUUCACAACAACUAGUCGUGAUGUUUCAUCUUCUUCAACUUCUGAAAACAAAUUAAAUCCAAAAUCAGCUACUGAAUUUGAUAGAUAUCCUUCAUUAGCCGGUUCAAGAGUUGUUUCUACAACUUCUUUACUUUCUUAUAAUAAUCUUCAUUCCAAUUCACAAACUCCUCGUCCAAUAGGUAGUGGAUCUCGAGAUUCAACUCAUAGUAGCGUUAAUAACGAAUCAACCCUUUCUGAUAGAUCAAAUAGUCCUUAUGCUACUGAUUUUAGUCCUUUUGGUGGAUAUCCUGCCAGUUCAUUCCCAUUAAGCAUUGAUGAAAAAGAAUCCGAUGAUUAUUUACAUAACCCUGAUCCAGUAGUUGAUGCAGAAUAUGAUAAAAAUAGAUUUAUGUAUGAUUUGAAAAAUAUGGAUAAAAGAUCAUUGGGUGGUUUAAUUGGUCUUAUUGUUUUAUUACUUGGUGCAUUGGCUGUUUUCAUUGUUCUUCCUGCUUUAACUUAUUCUGGUGCUACUAGUCCUUAUCGUCCUGAACAUUAUGAAAUUUUAACUGAUUAUACUUAUCCAAUGUUGAGUGCAAUUAGACAAAGUUUAGUUGAUCCAGAUACUCCUGAAGAUGCCCUUUAUAAAACUUCUAAGGAUGGUGAUAAAUGGGUAUUGGUAUUUUCUGAUGAAUUUGAUGUUGAAGGAAGAACUUUUUAUGAAGGUGAUGAUCAAUUUUUCACUGCUCCUGAUAUUCAUUAUGAUGCUACUAAAGAUUUAGAAUGGUAUGAUCCAGAUGCUUCUUCAACUGCAAAUGGUACUUUGAAUUUACGUAUGGAUGCUUUUAAAAAUCAUAAUUUAUUUUAUAGAUCAGGUAUGGUUCAAUCAUGGAAUCAAAUGUGUUUCACUCAAGGACAUUUAGAAAUUCUGGCUAGAUUACCAAAUUAUGGUAAUGUUACUGGGUUAUGGCCUGGUUUAUGGUCAAUGGGUAAUUUGGGUAGACCAGGAUAUUUAGCUUCAACAGAUGGUGUUUGGCCAUAUUCUUAUGAUUCAUGUGAUGCUGGUAUUACACCAAAUCAAAGUUCUCCAGAUGGUAUUUCAUAUUUACCAGGUCAAAGAUUAAAUAAAUGUACAUGUCCUGGUGAAGAUCAUCCAAAUCCUGGUGUUGGUAGAGGUGCUCCUGAAAUUGAUGUUAUUGAAGGUGAAGUUAUGACUGAUUCUACAGGAAGAUUAGAAAAUAAUGGUGUUGCUUCUCAAUCAUUACAAUUGGCACCAAUGGAUAUUUGGUAUUAUCCAGAUUAUGAUUAUGUUGAAAUUUAUAAUAGUUCAGUUACAACUAUGAACACAUAUACUGGUGGACCAUUCCAACAAGCAUUAUCAGCAACAACUACAUUAAAUGUUACAUGGUAUGAAUUUGGAGAUCAUGCCCAUAAUUUCCAAACUUAUGGAUAUGAAUAUUUGAAUGAUGAUGAAACUGGUUAUUUACGUUGGUUUGUAGGUCAAGAUCCAACAUUAACUGUCUAUUCAAAAGCAUUACAUGCUAAUGGUAAUAUUGGUGCAAGACCACUUUCAAAAGAACCAAUGAGUUUAAUUUUAAAUUUGGGUAUUUCCAAUAAUUGGGCUUAUAUUGAUUGGAAUAGUUUAUUUUUCCCAGUUACCAUGAGAGUUGAUUAUGUUAGAGUUUAUCAACCUCAAGAUGCAAUUAAUGUAGGUUGUGAUCCUGAUGAUUAUCCAACUUAUGAUUAUAUUGAAAGUCAUAAAGAUAUUUAUUAUAAUGUUAACUUGACUACUUUUGAAGAAAGGUGGUUAUACUUUCCCAAAACAUAA